UUCUGAACCUUUUAGCCCCUUCAAAAGGGUGCCUUCACCCUUCACACAAUACUGAUUCAAAUCCUAUAAAACCCACCACACAACCAUUUUUAAUCCCCCUACCCUUCUCUCACUCCUCAAAUCUCUCUCUUUCUCUCUCAACUCUCUGUUUUCAACUUUCAACUCUUCCAUACACUCUGUUUUGUUGAAACAGAACCAAAACAGAGCAACUAUGUGUUUGAUAACUUCUCAAUUCCCCUGCAAAUGCAACUCAAAUCCAGGAUUGGCCAAUCCAUUGAUCCAAAAAUCAUCCAAGCAAGAAGAUGAUCCAAACAUGCUCAAAAGUGCUUUCAGAGAAGCCAUUUCCAUAGCCAAAAUUGCUUUCCCUAUGAUCCUCACAGGCCUAUUGCUCUAUUGCCGUUCCAUGAUCUCCAUGCUCUUCCUCGGCCACCUCGGCGAGCUCGCCUUAGCUGGCGGCUCGCUGGCGGUUGGUUUCGCCAACAUUACCGGCCACUCAAUCCUCUCCGGCCUCGCGGCCGGAAUGGAACCCAUUUGUGGACAAGCCUAUGGUGCCAGAAAAUUCACUCUGUUAGGACUCUGUUUACAGAGAACCAUUCUUCUUCUCCUCUGCACCUCUGUUCCCAUUUCUCUGCUUUGGCUUUACAUCAAGCAAAUCCUUCUCCUCUGUGGCCAGGAUGAAGCCAUAGCCACACAAGCUCAAUCAUUUCUUCUCUAUUCCAUUCCUGAUCUCUUAGCACAAUCGCUUUUGCACCCUCUACGAAUUUACCUUCGAAGUCAAUCCAUUACUCUGCCUCUCACCCUUUGUGCUACUUUAGCUAUUUUUCUUCACAUACCAAUCAAUUACUUUCUUGUUUUCCACCUCAAUCUGGGAAUCAAAGGGGUAGCUUUGGGUUCUCUGUGGACGAAUUUCAACCUUGUAGCUUCUCUGAUUCUAUAUAUAAUCUUCUCUGGCACACACAAGAAAACAUGGGGAGGUUUCUCUACUGAGUGUUUCACAAAGUGGAAAUCGCUUCUCAAUUUGGCCAUUCCAAGCUGCAUUUCAGUGUGCCUAGAAUGGUGGUGGUAUGAGAUCAUGAUUUUGCUAUGCGGGUUGCUGUUGAAUCCAAGAGCAACCGUGGCUUCCAUGGGAAUUUUGAUCCAAACCACUUCUCUGCUCUACAUUUUCCCAUCAUCAUUAAGCUUCAGUGUUUCAACCAGAGUUGGCAACAAACUAGGUGCUCAGAAUCCAAAACAAGCGAAGCUUUCUGCCAUUGUGGGCCUCUCUUGCAGCUUCAUGCUAGGUUUCUCAGCUUUGGCUUUUUCUGUAAUGGUGAGAAACAUUUGGGCCAGCAUGUUCACACAGGACAAAGAGAUCAUAGCCCUGACAUCAAUGGUUUUGCCAUUAAUAGGACUCUGUGAGCUUGGAAAUUGCCCACAAACAACAGGGUGUGGGGUGCUAAGAGGAACAGCAAGGCCUAAAAUUGGUGCAAACAUCAACUUGGGUUGUUUCUACCUAGUGGGAAUGCCUGUGGCAAUUUGGCUAGCUUUCUUUUCUGGGUUUGAUUUCCAAGGUUUGUGGCUUGGGUUACUGGCAGCUCAGGGUUCUUGUGCUGUGACCAUGUUGGUGGUUCUGAGUCAAAUGGAUUGGGAUGGUGAGGCUCAGAGAGCCAAGGAGCUAACAGGAACAGGGGAAGCAAGUGAUGUUGUUGAUGACAGCAAAGAAGUUGAUGUGGAGAAGGCACCCAAAGCUGAAAUCAAGGAAGAUUAUUUAUCAUUAGCUGGUUUAGAUGAAGAUAAGCAAUCAUGGGUUUAACUUUUAUUGAUCUUUGUUUUUUGUUUUUUGGACAAAACAAACCAAAAGAAAACAAAAACAGUGAGAGAGGAAUUUGUCUUUAGUCAUGUAUAGGUAGAAGUUAGAAACCAAGAUUUUAAGUUAAUGUAGCCAUCUUGAUUAUAUCAUGAUUGAUAUUCUGUAAGAUUAUGAACAAAUAUUGGUAAUAUAGGCGCGUUUGAAAGA